AAAAAAAAAAUAUAUAUAUAUAUAAAGGAAACCCAGAGAAACACUUGCGUGUGAGAGUGUGUACGGGAGGUUGAGCCCAGAGCAGAGGAGACAGGAGCACAGGGAAGAAGGAGGAGGGUGAGAAAGAGUCAAAGAGGAGAGAGGGAGAGAGGCAUCAGAACGUGGAACAGGUUCUUUCGGCAGCCCUUGCACUCAGCCUAAGCAGACAUGCCUAACUUUGCUGGCACCUGGAAGAUGAAGAAGAGUGAGAAUUUUGAUGAACUUCUCAAAGCCCUGGGAGUUAACACCAUGCUGAGGAAGGUGGCUGUGGCUGCAGCCUCCAACCCCCACGUGGAGAUCCGUCAGGAUGGUGAACAGUUCUACAUCAAAACAUCCACCAGUGUGCGCACCACCGAGAUCAACUUCCACAUUGGCGAAGAAUUUGAUGAGGAGACAGUGGAUGGCCGAAAGUGUAAGAGCCUCGCCACCUGGGAGACAGAGAACAAGAUCCGCUGUCAGCAAACUCUGGUAGAUGGUGAUGGCCCCAAAACCUACUGGACCCGAGAACUAAACGGCGAUGAGCUCACACUGACUUUUGGGGCAGAUGACGUAGUGUGCACACGGAUUUACAUCCGGGAAUGAAGCUCUGCAGCCUUCAUCGGGACAAGGGAGAAACACAGUUGGACCACAAUUUGUUUAAACCCAACAACUCUCUGUCAUGCUAACACGCUAACACAUUUGCAAAGUAUCCUGUGUAAUCUCUCAGCAUCAGUCUGCAUAGUCUCCACAAACAGUAGCAAUGUCUCUGUAAUGAUUUGUAGUGAGUAUUGUGUCUGCAGUACAGUAGCUGGAUUUCUCAAUGUCCAUAUCUACAACCCUGGUGUCAGCUGUUUAUGUAGGAUUUAGUCAUCAGUUACACUGAUUAAGUAUUCAUGUUCAAUGACGGGACACAAUAAAAAAUGGAACCAACAGUA